AUGUCAAACGGGAACGGCGAGCACACUGCCGCAGCUGCCAACGGUUACCCCGCCAAACCCCACUCAUCCGAGUCGUCCCCGCGGAGUUUCCAGGAAGUGUGCCAAGAGCUGAAGGAUAAGGUCGACGCUUUCUUAGCGGAUGACCAGAAGACGGAUGUUCUGCGCAAUGUUCAAAAGCAGCUGCGCGCGUCAAUGGGGGUCGUUGACGAGGCGUUGGCAAGAUACAGCCUGGAACAGAUUUCAAUCUCCUACAAUGGAGGAAAAGACUGCCUCGUACUCCUGAUCAUACUCCUCGCCGCCCUAGCACGUCGAUACCCUUCUCUCCCGAAAGCCUCCCAAACGAACGGGUCGAACGGCACGACUUCCUUCCCUCCUGAAUUUCAGGCAGUGUACAUCGUAUCGAAGCACCCAUUCGCCGAAGUUGACGAUUUUGUCGAAACCACGAGCGCCGAAUACCAUCUAGACGUAAAACGAUAUGCCAUGUCAAUGAAAGAUGGACUCGAGGCAUACCUAGCAGACAGACCAACCGUAAAAGCCAUUUUCGUAGGGACGAGGAGGACAGACCCCCACGGCGAGAAGUUGACAGAUUUUGACCCCACGGACUCCGGGUGGCCUGCCUUUAUGCGGGUGCAUCCUGUGAUCGACUGGCAUUAUGCCGAAAUUUGGGCAUUCAUCCGACAUUUAGAAAUACCAUACUGUCCUCUAUAUGAUCAGGGCUACACGAGUUUAGGCGGAACGCAAGAUACCCAUCCCAACCCUCAGCUGAAGACUGAAGGACAGAACGGUGCGGGCUUCCGACCUGCGUACGAGCUUACGGAAGACGAUGAAGAGAGAUUAGGUCGCGAUAGAUGA